AUGGGAGUUUACAUCAGAGAAAUGGCCUGGGUGAAGGUCUUGCUCUUGUUGUCCCUAUUUGGAUGUGAAAAGUCUCUGGGCCUUAACUGGAACCCAAUCCCACGCAAGACCGUGCGCUAUCAGGAUGUUUUGGACAGCAUGGCCAGGUUCAGCAUUCAAGGAGUCUUCAACUACAGCAUGCUGACACUGUCGGACCAUGAGAGAGUUUUGUACGUCGGCGCACGAGAGGCACUAUUUGCCUUGGACCCUAACGAUAUUAGCAGACAGCUCCGGCCACAGAUUGACUGGCCCGCUCCAGUAGACAAGAAAAGGGAGUGCGUCAUCAAGGGGAAGAGCAACCAGACUGAGUGCUUCAACUACAUUCGCUUUCUGCAGAGCUAUAACCACACACACCUGUACACGUGUGGCACCUACGCCUUUCAACCUAAAUGCACCUAUGUGAAUGCAGAACAUUUCAGUCUCAGCAACGCUUUUCUUGAAGAUGGCAAAGGCAAAUGUCCUUAUGACCCUGCCAAGGGCCACACUGGCCUAAUAGUAGACAAAGAGCUCUACUCUGCCACGCUCAACAACUUCUUGGGGACCGAGCCAGUCAUACAAAGGAACCUGGGCCAACAGCACUAUAGUAUGAAGAGUGAAUACUUGCCUGCCUGGCUCAAUGAACCGGACUUUGUGGGUUCAGCCUUGGUUCGAGAAAGCAGCGGCAGCAAGGAUGGAGAUGACGACAAAAUCUACUUCUUCUUUAGUGAGAGAGCGUUGGAGCUGGACUGCGACACGGAGCUCAAUGUGGCGAGAGUGGCUCGCGUCUGCAAGGGUGAUCUUGGUGGUACCCGGACGUUGCAGAAAAAAUGGACAACCUUCCAAAAAGCCCGUCUGGAUUGUUCCCUCCCUGAGCGUCAUGUCUCCUUUAACAACCUCCGGGCUGUCUUCACACUGCCGGGGCAGGACUGGAAGGGGACUACUUUCUUCGGCAUCUUUCACGCUCAAUGGGGUGAUGUGGACGUGUCGGCCGUAUGUCAGUACCAGAUCACUGAUGUGAAAAAGGUGUUUGAAGGCUCCUACAAGGAAUACAGAGAGACAUCCCAAAGAUGGGGGCGCUACACUGGACCUGUUCCCAACCCACGGCCAGGAUCGUGUAUAACAAACACAGACAGAGAAAGCGGCUUCAACAGCUCUCUGCAGCUACCUGAUGCAACACUCAACUUUGCCAAAAAGCACCCACUGAUGGAGGACAAAGCACUCGCUCGCCCCCUGCUUCUCACGAAGGGUGUGAACUUCACAAGGCUGGUCGUGGAUCGGGUUACUGGGCUAGACCAAAGAGCCUACAACGUUCUCUUUCUUGGCACAGCUGAGGGCUGGCUGCAGCGGGUGGUUAUCCUGGGCUCUGAAGCCCACGUAAUAGAAGAAAUCCAGCUGUUUGACAUGGCCCAGCCAGUAGACAGCCUGACCAUUUCCCACUCCAAGAAAUACGUCUACAUCGGCUCUCGUUCAGAAGUUCUCCAGUUACCCUUAGCCAACUGCAGCCGCUAUCAGUCUCAGCCAGACUGUCUGCUUGCCAGAGACCCCUACUGCGCUUGGGACAGUGAGGGUCGAGCUUGUGUUCGAGUUGACCUCCACCGAGGAUCCACAUCUUCUCUGUCACAAGACCUCAUGCUGGAAAGGUUCAACCGGGGAAAAACCAAGUUUGAUAAACCUGUCUCCAUCCCAAGCCCUGAGCACUCUCGUCUUCGGAAUGUCACAGUGGUGGUGGGCUCCGACAUGGUGCUACCUUGCCAGUUGAUCUCCAACCUAGCACAGCCGUUCUGGGUUGUCAACGACCGUGAGCUCCUUCUGGGCGACCCUGAGGCCGGUGGACCACGUUUCGACCGGACCCUCAAGGCCUUAGUGGUCCCCGAGGCGGGUCAAAUCCAAGCAGGACGCUACAUCUGCUAUUCCGAGGAACAGGGCGUGAAAUUUCAAACGGAGCGCUACCAAGUUGCUGUCGUCGCAAGUGCUCCCGUCUUCAUGGAGGCUCGUGCUCCAGAUAGCAGCAUGGGGCUCUUCUGGGUGUUGGUCAUCACACUCGGCGCAGCGUGCCUCCUGCUCUUGGUUGCGGCUCUCUACCUGCGCCGGCGUCUGAAACUCGCUCUCGGAAAGGGAGCCGACAUGAAACCUCUAGAAAGCACCCUGGUCUAUCCCAUCACACUUCCCAAGGAGCCACCCACAUUCGUGCCUAGCAAAAUGCCCAGCGACGAAGACCGUUUCUGGGAGACGGGCGCCAAUUACUACUACUCGGACGGCUCGCUUAAAAUUGUUCCCGGUCACGCCCUCGGGCCCAACGGCGUGAGCAGCACGGCGUCACCCAGCGCCAUUCCGGGCCAGCCCAUCCACUCUCCCAGCCGUCUCAGUCUCACCAACAUCCGAGGCUCUGGUAGCAACGGCUACAUUCGCCUGAACCUGAGCACAGCCGGGGAGGAUAGGGCUAGCGGGGCUUGCGCUGGUGGCGGCGGGCUGACCGGCCUGGGCAUGGGGGGGAACGACUACUCAAGCCCGUUCAAAGAAGAGCUGAGGCGCACUCUGCAGCAGAGGAGCGUGCUGCCUGACGCAAAUCCAGAGGAGUCGUCCGUCUAA